CUUCCAGAGAAAGCUCGGGUUUGCAGUAGCCAUUUUCCAGAGGACUGUUUUGUAAAUUUUACUCAGAAACAGAUGGGGUUUGCCACUAAACUUAUACUGAAGCUGGACGCUGUUCCAUCCAUUUGUGCUGGGGACACAGCAAGUACCAGCCAACGCGUUGCAAUGGAGCAGUGUGAGCCGCCACGAUUUGCUGAGUCGACGCGGGACGCCGGGGUGAGGCGUGAGGAUGGAAAUGAAGUCAGGGGUAAGAGUUUAACGACCACCGACAGCUACGACUGUCGUAUCUGUGGCUAUAAAGCAGCUGACGUUGGCUCGCUUAGCCAUCAUCUCCACUCAGUCCACCCUGUUACCUCGCUACCCGGCCCGAGCUCGCUAAAGGGGGCGAAACGUAGAAGAAAAGAGGAGGAAGCAGAAGAUGCUGCUGCUGCUGCUGCUGCUGAGGAUGAUGUUACAGCUGCACAGGCUCCUGAUGUGGACGGAGAGCAAAGCCCAGAGAGACAGAAGAGCCCUCCUGUGGAAAACCCUGAGCUUUCUGAGGGAUCCGUGUCUUCCUUACCCAAGAACUCAGAGGAAAGCAGCAGAAGUACCUGCAUUGUGGAGAACCAGGUACCAGAAGUGGAGCAAAUGGAGACUGCAAAAAAUGCACCAGCCGACAAGGCCAGCCAAAGUCCAAUCCCUGCCUCCGUUUUGCCCCGGAGGAAGGCCUCGUGCUCUUCAGGGUCUAGCAAAGGAAACCAAAGUGAGAGCACUGCAUCUUCUGGCACGUCCAGCCUCAACCGGACGCACUUAGUGUGUCUACCAUUGGUGUCUGAGGGUCUGAAGCUGGUGUGGGUGCGCUCUGAGCAGACUCAUGAGCUAGAUGCUGUUUCUGAGCUUGUAGAGGCUUUUAAUGCCUUUCCGUAUCCCACAGAGCAGGAGGCUAAUGCUUUGGCACGCCGCUGCUCCCUGCCUGCUGAACGGGUCAAAGUGUGGUUUAUGAUGCAGCGUGUUCGCUAUGGAAUCAGCUGGGGUGACGAUGACAUCCGUGAGACGCGACGCAAAUUGCACCACCAAAUUCAGCAUGGGGAGGAGUGUGAGGAAGAAAAGGAAGAUGCUUUACCUGACAAUUUAGCCCAUGAGAGGAAGGCAGCUGAGGAGCUGCAGCAAAGCUUUAAGCAGGCACCUGUAGGGGAUGGCUAUACGGGACAAAUGCAUCACACACCCAACCACGGUAGCAUUUUAUCCCAGCAUGAUUCCCAUGACUACAACGGCAGUGCUGCCAUUCCUCAGUACACCAAUGGUUUAGAACAGUUUGUUCCACACACAGCAGAAGCUCAGUCUGCUUUUGAACAUUCAUCCCUGCACAAAGUUCAUCCUCAGUCUAACAUGGAUCUGAAACACAUACCUCCUAUUGAACCUGAAACCCAAAGUCCUAGUGCUUAUAGUUAUCCACCACAACUUGACGGCAAUAUUCAUCACAGUAGCACAGCACCGUACCAGUCCCCAGCAGACCCACACACACCGCCCAAACCAGAACCAACUCGUGCACCUACAGCACAGCUGCGGAAGAAGUCCAAAGCUCAGCUGAUGGUGCUCCGUCGCAGUUUUGUCCAUAGGAACUGGCCCUCAGAGGCUGAGGUUCAGCGUCUUCAGCGCGUCACUGGACUUGGGCGCCAUGAGAUUCGGAAAUGGUUUGCUGACAGCCGCUAUCAACUUCGCAGGAGCGGUCGGUCCUGGCUGUCAGAGGAUGGUAGACGCUCACAACGGGGUAGAUAUAGAAAAAAAUUGGAUGAUGAUGUGUUUCCAAGUGGUGGCAUGUAUGAGGACGGUGAGCCAAUUGGCCCAGAGGGCUUUGAGAUUGAGUUAGAUGUGGACAAGGAAGAUGAGCAGGACACCCUGAUGGAAGGAGUUAGUGGUUCAGAUGCAAGAAAAGAGGGAGAGAUGGACCUAGAGCCUGGGGACGGUCACACGUCUAUUAAACAGGAACGUAAGGAGAUCUCUAUAGCCCCUUCCCCAUCUACUUCGUCCUCUUCUCCGUCUCCUUCCUUUAUCCAAGGUCGAGUCCUUAGUCUCGGCCCUGAGCCCAACCUCCGGAAGAAGACGCAGCAGCAGUUGGAUGUGCUGAGGCAGAGCUUUCUGCGUUGCCAGUGGCCUACCAGUGAUGACUACACCGUCUUGCAGAGGAAGACAGGCCUAACGCGGACAGAAAUCGUGCAGUGGUUUGGAGACACGCGCUACCAUGUCAAACACAACAACAUGCGCUGGAUGAGCCCAGAGGAUAGGGAACGCAUCAUCGCAGGCAUUACUAAGCAGCAGAAGAGAGGCGGUAGGAGCGCCAGGAGCAAGUCCUGGCUAGAGGGCGCAGAUUCAAGCUUUGGCAUUGAGGAGCCUAAACCCAGUAAUGGGACAGCAGGGGGUGAAGUGAUGACCUGGAAUAACUUAUAUGAGGAAAGUCCUUCAGCACUGCCUGGGGGUGAACUUUGAUUCUGGAGUAAUUGUAAAGUUACAUGUAAUGUUAGAGAGCAUUUAGAAUAGAGGAAAAAGUAGAGUCUGGACUCUACAUGGCUGCCAAGUACUGUAUAUCAAAGUUUUGUUUUGUUUCUGUUUUUUUUUUGUUUUGUUUUUAAAGAAAAGUUUUUUUUUCUGGUCUCUGUCUUUGCCCAAGUUGUAUCACCACUGAUGCAUUGAUAUAAUACAGUGCCUCGUCAGAAUCUUUAAUACAAAUUUUAUUUAUUUCAUUUUGCCAAUCUGAGCAAUUUUUGCCCAAGUUGAAAAUAUUUAUGAUAACACUAAAUAAGCAAAGAAAGAUGCUGAGAGUAAUUUACAUACCACAGGUACUGGGUGAAUCUACUGUCAGCUUUUAUGUGUAGCAUUUCAAUGUCUGCCUUCUGUAAGUUCUCAUCCUCCGUGGAAUCAUUAAGCAAAUUAUUAGUGUCCAUAGAAAUUGUUUUCAUGUGGGUCUUUAUGUCCAUCGUAUUUUCUUCUUUUUGUUUAGAUGCAAGUUGGAAUUGAGUUGUAGAUCUUUCAAAACAUUGAAUCAUUGCUUUUUAACAGGAGUCAAUCAGUGGACAAAAAAUAUUUAUUUUAAAUGGUUUUAACAAUUAUUUAAUGUGUUAAAAGAUCAGAUUGUAUUACAUCAUGUGCUUACAUUUUAAAUAUUGCUCAUUUCAAUUGAGUCAUAAUAUUUUGUUUUAGACCAUAGGACCAUAAUCCAACAGAAAAGCUUGAAUGAUACAUUUUAUAUUCUAUGCAUUUGAUUGAUAUCACGGGGUUGACUAGAGAAUUCCUUUUUCACUUGUGAAGAUUUUUGUACCUAUUUCUAGAAAAUGUUUCCCCUUGGUUAAAAUGACAUUUUACUCAAUAAACUGGUCUUCAAAGUA